AUGCCAACGUCCGGGAUCGGUACAAAAGCCUCAUCCCGGACGCGCCUCAACACCCCCCGCCGCCCGCCCACCCGCCCCGGCCCACGCGCUCCCCAGCCGCCCUCCCGCACUCCAUUCCCCCCCCCGUCGCCCCCCCCCCCCUCCCCCCCCCGCCCCCGAAUUCCCCCACUCACCCCGUCCCGCGGGCCCCUCCCCCGUACCCGCCCUCCCUCCUACCCCCCCUACCCCCUCCCCACCGCCUCCACCCGCCCUGCCCUCCCCCCCACCACAUCAUCCCCGCCCCCCCUCCGAACAGCCCCGCUCGCCGCUCGGGCGCCCCCCAUUCCCCGUAUCGCCCCCGCCGCCCCCCCCCCGCGCCGCCCCCAUGCCGUUUCCCGCUCCGCCCGCCCGCAUCGCAACUCCUGCCCUCGCCUCAUACCCCCACCGUCCCUCCCAAUCCACCCCUACCGAUACCGCCCCCUCCAUUCACAAUCCCCGCGCCGUUUCCUCAAAUAUCUGCCUCCCUAA